AUGUUGUUACAUCACACAUUAACUAAUUUUAGAAUACAGUAUAUCAAAUACAUUAUUACUUGUGAAGAAUUCUUCCUUCUUAUCUGAUAAAGAUUUUUUGCAAGAAAUCGAAUUUAUAUUAGUAUAAUAGUAAUAAAUAUCAUAUAUCGUUUAACAGGUUAAUCAAAGUUCGAUUAGUCAUUCAUGAGAUAAUUCGAUAAGCAAGUCGAUCAUGGGGUAUAAAUAUGUCAAAAAAAUGAGUGAACCUGAAAUGAAAUUUUGAAUCCUCAUCAUUCUCCUAAAAAUGCCAUCCAAGUUCAAACUUCCGAUUAUUGAUGUUUCUCCAUUCACCACUGAUUCAAGUGAUCGAGCAGCAAAACUUGAAGUGGCUAAACAAAUUCAUAAAGCAUGUCGUGACGUUGGAUUUUUCUAUUUGACGGGUCAUAAUAUACCUCAAGAAAUUAUGGAUAAAACAUUGAAAUUAGAAAAAUUUAAUUAUAGUAUAACCAAGCAAGAUAAUGCAAGAGGAUAUCAAAGACUUGGUGAGGGUGUUACAAAAUAUCAAAAAGAUUGGAAUGAGGCACUUGAUUUCUAUAAACCAGUACCUCGUACUCAUCCGUUAGCUUUAAAAAAACUUCCUAUCGGAGGCGAAAAUCAAUGGCCUGAGAAACCAUCAGAAUUUCGUGCGGUAUUUAAUGAAUAUAAAGAUUAUAUGUUGAGACUAGGUGAUCAAGUUAUGAGAGCCAUUGCAUUAAGUUUAGGACUGGAAGAAAAUUUUUUUAAUAAAUUUUUAGAUGAUUGCUUUUGGGUUAUGAGAAUUAGUGGAUAUCCGGAUCUUAGGAGUGCAUCCGGAAAAGAUCGAGUAGGUUUUAGCCUCGGCGAACAUACAGGUGAUAAUUUAUAUUUGAUAUUUAUACAUGAUGAUACCAAAGGAGCCUUACAAGUUCAAACAUCUGAUGGUGAUUGGAUUAAUGCGGAUCCACUACAGGGUGCUUUUGUGGUGAACAUCUGUGAUAUGUUGAAUGUUUGGACAAAUAAUAUAUAUAAAAGUACUCUUCAUAGAGUUGUUCACAAAGGGGACAGUUACCGUGUAACUGUUCCGUUCUUUUAUGAGCCCAACUAUGAUGCUAAAGUAGAACCACUUGAGGCUUGUUUACAAAUUGAUCCCGUGAAACAUCAUGAACCCAUUAUAUUUGGAGAACAUUUGUUGAAAAAGGUUUCAGGAAAUUUUGAAAUUAUCGAUCAUAAUUUUUUGUAACUAAUCAUCGAAAAAUCUCUUCUUUUUCUAUUUAAUUUAUUAUUCUCUUUAAAAAAUUGUAAUAAAUAAUUUAUUAAAAUUGUUACUAUUUUAUAUUUUUA